GUCCGACACCAUGUGUGUCCUCCAUCCGCCGCGGCCAAUGACGUGGGCUCCCACGGGAAACAUCGCAUUUUUGCUCUGGAUCACCCUGCAAAACAACAAGCCCAGUAGAACUUUGAAGCACUCUGGAAAAAUCCAGUGAGAACCUCUGGUCCAGCUGUGCAGCAGCAGCAACAACCUAAGCACCAUGUUAAACGGUGGGCAGUUUGUGGAAGCUAUGGCUCGCCUGGGAUAUCCCAACGCAUCCUCACUGGAGGCCUCGGAGUUUGACUGGUUGUUCAACAGUGACCCGGAAAACCUUCACUUCUUACGUUUUGUCUGUCGGAGCCUCAACCGGAGCCACGUUUUGACCACAGAGGAGGUGCAGGCUUUUCAGGAGCUCCAGAAGUCCGACAGGCCCAUCCUGGACGAAGCGGCCUUGGGCAAGGUCCUUAAAACCGUUGGACCAUCCGAAGAGGACAGCGCAGCCGAGGACGGUGUUACCAUAGAAGAUUUGGAAGCAGAGCUUCAGGCACUGUGUAGGGAGAAAGAGCUUAAGCGACAGCGUUGCAAGAGGCUGCAGGCUGCGGCCGCUUCUCGCGCAGAUGUCGACCUUCGACUCACCGCCGAACUAGAGAGUGCUGCGUACCAGUUAUCGGAGGCCAACGCUUUUCUCAGAGCCGAGAACGCCAAUACUAACGCUGUGCUACAAAGCCUUGCAGACGCUGUGGGCGAGCUGGCAUCGCACCUCUCCGUUCCAGCGGAAGGCACGCACACAUCCGCCAGCAAAAUGCUCGCGUCUCUUCUUUCUCAGCUUCCUCUGAAUCCUUAUCUGCGUCAAGAGGAGCUCAACACCAAAACGCUCUCAGCUUUCACUCGGAAGCACUUUUUCACAGAUCUUGUUGAGAACUCUUGCUCAGAGCACUUCCAGGUGUUGGACCUCAGCUCUUUUGAUGGCAAAGAGGAAGAAGAGGAUAAGGAAAAGCUUGAUGUGGAGCAAAGGAGGACCCAAUUGGCCAGACUUCAGCGUGCGCACAUUGUGGCCCAGCACCAGCUGAUGCAAGCCGUCAGAGAAGAGAAAAGUGUCACGGCCGGUCUGGACUGGCUCUCUGAGAAGUCCUCGAGUGUCAAGAGCAUUGCCAUCUCGGCCUCGCUUCACGUGCGUGAGGUGGCGUCCAAGAAAGAAUUGAAAGACGUGGAGGCUGAGAUCGAAGCUCUGCUCCACGGACCGGUGCCCCUCGCCCUUCAGGAGUCUGCACGGCUGCUCAAUGUGCCGGUGGUGAAGGGAGACCUGGCCCUGCAACUGGCCAGGCAAGACUACCUCACAGCCAAACAGAAUGAGGUACGUGACAGUCUACUCUACCAGAAGGCCUCCUUUGAUGUCCUCCACUUGGCCCAGCAGAUUGAGUUAAGGAAGUGGAGAGUGUGCCUAAAUCAUCUCACCAAUGUGAACAGCAGGCUUGUCAAGGAAAGUGAAGUCACGUCUCUCAGAUUUGAGGCUCUGGCACAUCCCGAGCUGGCAUUAAACAUGAGGCCCAAUCCGAUCAUCAGCACUAACGAUGCCACAUUCAGCAGACUCCUGCAGAUCCUUGACCAUGAUUCAUCCCACGGGAGGGCAGAACCUUUUCAAACUUACGAGGCACUGGACCAGGCUGCUAGUGGCCUGGCAAACAACCUCCAGGCAUCCCGUAAAGCGCUGGCGGCGGCCAGCCGGGAGCAGUAUUACACGGUGGCUCAACUUCAAGGCCACUGCGAGGCUCUUCAAGGGGCCAUGUCCACAGAGUUCCAGCAGCUGGUCUUAGGGCCACAGGUAUGUCCGACAGCCAUUGAUGACCAGGAGCUGCUCUGUCCCAAUGCACAGGAGUUGACGGAAAAUCUGGCUGGAGCAGAGUCGCUACUGCAGCGUUUGCAAAAGGCCAUGCAAGAAAUCAUAGGCAGGGUAAACACGAAGCACUCCCAGCUGGAGCGCAAUUCCCUCCUGAGGCGGGAGAGGGACCUCUAUAUCUACUUCCACUUGGACAUCAGUCUCUUGCAGAAAGUCGUGGAGGACCUGGAGCGCAGGAUGAACCUGACGAGAGCACAGCCAUAGUGUCGUCUACUGGAAUGAACACAUGGCUCCAUUACGGCUGAUCUCAACUGUCUGCUUACUUGUUGAAAGAAGUUCUGUUAAAAUGAUAAUUAACCUUAUACAAGUGUGUUUGUUUUAGGAUUUGACAUGUCUUCUGAUAAAUAAAGCACCUGUUCUGUGUUUCUCAUUGAUGGAUUAGUAAUAAAGCACUUUUUGUUCUAUA